AUCACGUGCCGAUCACGCGCUUCCCCCCUUCCUCUACUGCAACCCGACCUCUUCACCUCCCCCUCCCCACUCUUCGCUUCGGCCGCCCUCGCCGCCGCCCCGAUUCUCGAGUGGUUGUUUGCAAGGUUAAGAAGAAAAGGAGAUGCCUACGCUGCAGGCAGCAUUGCCCCCUGAGAUUGCUGAUAAUGUUAUCAGAUUGUAUCGCGAGUGCCUAAGAAGAGCUCGCUUCAUUGGUCAUCAGCAACACAACACUGAGCUUGUCGUUGGCAUGGUGAGGCAGCAAUUCAAGAAACACAUGCAUGAAACUGACCCUGAGAAGAUACAGAAAUUAAAGGAUGACGCUGCUAGAGGCCUUAUCAAUCACAUCCUUUACGAGUCCGAGAAGAUGACAGGCCGCAAGUUUUCUGGAUCUAAAUGAUUGGCUAAAAAAUUUGGCAUGUUUCUUUAUUAAUCUCUGGGUGGGAAUAGAGGUGCUUGGUCAUAAAUUUAAUGUAUCUUAAAUGUUAAGUUCAUAUUCCAGUCUGAAUAAUGUAAUUUUAAAGUGAUAAACUUGCAAGAGUUAACAACUAUGAUAACUCAAUUUGACUUGAAUUUUGGUCAGUUCAGGUAUGAAAGUACAACUUUAUUCUUUGUGCCUGUCA